CCGGCGUUCUCGGCAUGCUCAGUCCGGUUCCAUGUGUUUCGUUCUUCGUGAUUAUCUAAGUCUCGUGUUUCAUCUAAUAGACAAGGUUUAAACUAUUUUGACAAAAUGAUAGACUUUCGCACUAAUCCGAAAAACAGUGACAGCGAUAAUGGAAAUUACAGCAACACUAAUAUACCUGUUACUUCACAACAAGGUUUAGCUCCACUUAGUCCAUACUUAAAUUUUGAUCCCUCGUAUCUUCCUGUCAGUCAACCAGAAUUUAUAUUCCCUGAGGGUGCUAUGAAGCAAAGAGGCCGCUUUGAGUUAGCUUUUAGUCAAAUUGGAGCAGCAUGUAUAGCCGGUGCAGGAAUUGGCGGAACAUCGGGUUUAUACAGAGGCAUCAAAGCAACGUCUAUAGCUGGUGAAACUGGCAAACUAAGAAGAACACAAUUGAUUAAUCACAUUAUGAAGGGUGGUGCUAGUAUGGCAAAUUCGCUCGGGGUUAUAACAAUAAUGUACACCUGUUCUGGAAUUGCUCUGACUUGGCUCAGAGGCACGGACGAUAGCUUUAACACAGUAGCCGCAGCUGCCACAAGUGCCGCAGUAUUCAGAUCACCUGCUGGAGUUAGAAAAGCUGGCAUUGCAGGCGCUCUUGCGGCGGGAGUUGCAGUAAUAUAUUGCAUGUGGAAUAACGGAGGCUUGCGGUCAUUGCAACGUGUGAAUGGAUGGAAACACCCUGCGUAAGAAUGUAUUGAUAUGAUAUCAAAUUGACAUCUAUAUAACAAAGAUAUCUCCGAUGCAUUCUCAUAUCCUCAUGUUAUCUUGUACAUAGAAAAUCUCAGCGAAAGACACAAAUAAAUUAUUGAGGAGAUUAGGACCAAAGAAAUUGAAAAUAGCACUGUGUACAUACGCAACGUAAAUAAACAGACUGAUGUUACACAUGCUUA